AGAUUCUGGUGUUGGGCAUGAUGAUGCUGUUGGCCGUCCUGCCCCCCGCCCACGUGCUCUCCUUGGCGUGUAACGCGUGCGGCCCAGAGUGCGCCAACGCCUGCGGAACCGCCAUGUUCCGCGCCUGCUGCUUCAACUACAACCGAAAGCGCAGCCUGCCCCUCACCCCCGAAGCCGCCCCUCCACCCGUCGCCUUCUGGUUGCAGCUCCUCUCCGACGCACAACAACGGCAGCAAGAUCAGCCCGAGAACUACACGCUUUAACAAACUGUAUCGGACCUCCACAAGCCAUAGAAUAAAAAGUGCUAUAAGAUCUAA